UUGCAGCAUAGUUUUUCCAUGAAGUUUCUGAGUACACAAAGCAUGAGAAGAAUCCCAUUUUUGAGGUGGGGGAAGAGGAUUCCGCGCUCCACAUCAGCUGCUGCCAUGGUAUCCAUUGUUGACAAGAAGGCAAAAGCUGCAUUGGGUAGCUGCAGGAGUACUAAUAGGUCUUAUGUCCCUAAGCGAUGGGUUUACAAGCUGAGGUCGCAGUGGAAGCGAGCAAUCGGGUGGCAGAAGAGCAGCAGCAGUACUACUUCACAGUUCAGCUAUGACAUUCGUAGCUACGCUCUCAAUUUCGAUGAGGGUGGCUGCCUUGAUCAGCAUAGUUUUGCCAUGAAGUUCCUGAAUACACAAAGCAUGAGAAGAAGCCAGUUCUUGAGGUGGGGGAAGAGGAUUCCGAGCUCCACGUCAGCUGCUGCCAUGGUAUCCAUUGUUGACAAGAAGGCAAAAGUUGCAUUGGGUAGCUGCAGGAGUACUAAUAGGUGUUAUGUCCCUAAGCGAUGGGUUUACAAGCUGAGGUCGCAGUGGAAGAGAGCAAUCGGGUGGCACAAGAGCAGCAGCAGUACUACUUCACAGUUCAGCUAUGACAUCCGUAGCUACGCUCUCAAUUUCGAUGACGGUGGCUGCCUUGAUCAUGUUCUUAGAAGCCACGUUUUGUAG